AUGAUUCUAAUAACUCAAGCUUUCGCUGGUCACCUCGGAGAUCUCGAACUCGCCUCAAUCUCCAUCGUUAAUAACGUCAUCGUCGGCUUCAACUUCGGCCUCUUGCUUGGAAUGGCGAGUGCGUUGGGAACGCUAUGUGGACAAGCGUUUGGAGCGAAGAAGUAUUACAUGUUGGGAGUUUAUAUGCAACGUUCUUGCAUUGUUCUCUUAUUUUGUUGUGUCUUGUUGUUGCCGAUUUAUAUUUACACAACUCCAGUUCUCAAAUUUCUCGGUCAACCGGACGAUAUAGCUGAGCUUUCCGGUAUAGUCGCCGUUUGGGUCAUACCUCUUCAUUUCGCAUUCACUUUCUCUUGCCCGCUUCAACGUUUCCUCCAGUGUCAACUCAAAAACCAAGUGACUGCGUUUGCGGCUGCGGUUGUAUUGGUGGUUCAUCUUUUAGUGUGUUGGUUGUUCAUGGACAGACUUAAACUAGGAGUCGUCGGGAUAAUGGCGACGAGUAGUAUCUCUUGGUGGGUCAAUGUUCUCGUUCUACUAGUUUACACAACUUGUGGUGGCUGUCCACUUACUUGGACCGGCUUCUCCUCCGAAGCCUUCACCGGACUUUGGAAAUUCCUCAAACUCUCCGCUUCUUCCGGCGUCAUGAUUUGUUUGGAAAAUUGGUAUUAUCGAAUUUUGAUUAUAAUGACUGAAAAUCUAGAAAAUGCUCGAAUAGCCGUUGACUCUUUAUCCAUAUGCAUGGCGAUAAGUGGAUGGGAGAUGAUGAUUCCUCUCGCCUUCUUCGCCGGAAUCGGCGUUCAACCGGUUCUCUCCGGUGUCGCGGUUGGUUCGGGUUGGCAAUCCUACGUGGCAUAUAUAAACUUGGGAUGUUAUUAUUGCAUUGGGCUUCCACUUGGAUUUCUAAUGGGCUGGACAUUUAAAUUCGGCGUCAUGGGAAUUUGGGCCGGUAUGAUUUUUGGAGGAACAGCAGUUCAGACAAUGAUUUUAAUUUUUAUCACGAUGAGAUGUGAUUGGGAAAAAGAGGCACAAAAAGCAAGUGCCCGUGUUCACAAUUUUGCUUAA